AACACCUUUCUUCACAUGUCAAAAGCCAUUCUCUCCCUCAUCAAACCCCUACAACACCCCCAACCCAAAGCCAAAACCCCCACAAAUUUCGUCAUCACGCCCCGCAUAAAAAGAUUGGCAGAUGAAGUGUGUGAAAUCCUCAGAACCCAAGAGAAAAAAUGGGAACAAACCCUCCAAAAUCGCUUCUUCGAAGAGGAAAUUGCUCCUUCCGAAGUUGCCCACCUAGUGUUCGACAAAAUUCGUGACUGUGAAUUGGGUCUCAGGUUCUUCGGUUUUCUCUCUGAAAGCAGUUCUUCCCUUGACGGGUUCGCUUAUUCUUCGUUUCUGAAGCUUUUAGCCAGGUCUAAAGUGUUUAUAGAAGUAGACAACGUGUUAUCGGAGUGCUUGCAAUGUGAAGAGAAGCUGCCUACUCGUGAGGCUUUAGACGUUGUAAUCCAUAACUAUGCAGAAUCAGGGCUGCUUUCGAAAGCUCUUGAAUUGUUUUCCUUUGUUUUGAAAAAUUACAACGCUCUUCCGCGGUUAACGGCCUGUAAUUCUUUGCUUAAUGGGCUAGUAAUGGAUGGAAAUAUGGAAGCUGCAUGGCGUUUGUACGAUGAGAUGGCGAAGAGAGAUGGUGGUAGUGAGGGUAUGUGUUUGGACAAUUAUAGUGUUUGUAUAAUGGUGAAAGGAUUGUGCAAAGAAGGAAAUGUCGAGAAAGGUAGAAGAUUGAUUGAGAAGAGGUGGGGGAGGAAUUGCAUUCCGAAUAUUGUGUUCUAUAAUACUCUCAUUGAUGGAUAUUGCAAGAAAGGUGAUGUCGAGAGAGCUUACGGGCUUCUCGAGGAAUUAAAAGCAAAGGGUUUCUUGCCGACCCAAGAGACUUAUGGAGCAAUCGUUAAUGGAUUUUGCAAACGAGGGGAUUUUGAGAUAGUUGAUCGAGUCUUGAAGGAAAUGGAGUCGGGGGGUAUGGAAGUAAAUAUUCGAGUGUAUAACAAUGUGUUGGAUGCUAAAUAUAAGUGUGGAUUUGUCGGGGAAGCGUUGGAGACAACAAGAAAAAUGAUCGAGGUUGGGUGCAAAUUGGAUAUCGUGACGUAUAAUACUUUGAUUUCUAAUGCGUGUAGGGAUGGGAAUGUGCAAGAAGCAGAAAAGAUUUUAAAAAAGGUAACUAAUUGCGGAUUAGUCCCCAAUAAGCUAAGCUUUACUCCGCUUAUACACGCUUAUUGCAAGAAGGGAGAUUUCGACAAAGCUUCAACUCUUCUUGUUUAUAUGACAGAAUGUGGACAAAAACCCGAUUUGAAAACUUACGGAGGUCUUGUACAUGGUUUUGUUGUUGCUGGAGAAGUUGAUGCUGCAUUAACAAUUCGAAACAAGAUGGUUGAAAGGGGAAUAUCGCCCGAUGCAUGCAUUUACAAUGUUUUGAUGAACGGGCUUUGCAAAAAAGAUAGGUUUGAUGAAGCAAAGAAUCUUCUUCUAGAGAUGCUUGACCACAAUGUAUCUCCCGACAAUUACGUAUAUGCCACUUUGGUCGAUGGAUACAUCAGAAGUGGUGAUUUUGACGAUGCGAAGAAACUUUUCGAUGACAUAGUCAAAAGGGGCGUGGAUCCUGGGCUCGUGGGGUACAAUGCUAUGAUUAAGGGCUACUGUAGAUUUGGAUCGAUGAAAGAUGCAAUCUUUUGCCUUAAAAGAAUGGCUCGACGAAACAUUUCUCCGGAUCAGUUUACUUAUUCUACGAUUAUCGAUGGAUAUAUAAAGCAGAACGAUUUGCGUGGUGCAUUGAGUGUCUUUUGCGGUCUAAUUAAACGAAGCUAUGCGCCGAACGUCGUAACUUACACCUCUCUCGUCAGUGGAUUCUGUCGUUGUGGAAAUAUUGCAAGAGGCGAAAUUUUCCUUAAAGCAAUGCAGUUAAAUGGUGUACGACCUAAUGUUGUGACUUACACUGUGCUAAUAGGUAGUAGUUGUAAAGAGGGGAAGCUCGUAAAGGCAUCGUCGUUUUUCGAAGAAAUGCUGAUGAGCAAGUGUAAUCCGAACGACGUCACGUUUCAUUAUUUGGUGAAUGGAUUAUUGAACAAUAGCCUUUGUCCCGUUUCAAGUACACAGAGUGAAUCCGAUCGAGAAAUUCCGAUGCUUCUUGAUAUAUUUGGGAAGAUGGUAACCGAUGGUUCGAAUCCCGUUUCCUCUGCAUAUAAUUCGAUCGUUGCUUGCCUCUGUUUGAACGGUAUGCUUGAAACUGCAUUGCAGCUGACGGAUAAAAUGUCGAAGAAAGGCUUCCCUCCAGAUUCGGUGACUUUGGCUGCGUUAUUACACGGUGUCUGUUCAGUUGGGAAAUUUAAAGAAUGGAGGAACAUAAUUAUUACGCCCAAGUUGAUUCCGCCAAAGGCUGAUGUUGCUUUAAAGUACUUGUCCUUAUUCGGACAAUACUCGACUCGUCAAGCGAGCAGUGAGGCUUCAUUGAUUUUGCAUACAUUGCUCAAAGAAUGGAAAUCGAAUGAAUGAAAAUUGCAAAGAUAAGCUCAAGGAAAUUGGCAUGCUAUCGUGAAUAAAUCGACCUUCCAAUCCAAACCUUCCCCCCUCGAUUGGACUGCGUAUGGUACAGGUGUGACUGAUUGUUCUAUGUGAAGGAAGUAAGGUCCAUACUCAACUGGUUAGAUGUUUGGAGAAUCUAAUUUUCGUGUUAAUGGAUUGGAUACGUAUUAAACGAAAACGGGCUUUCGUAUACGAGGCAUUAUAAAUCGAAACAGCAAUUGGCUGGUAUAAAAUUUUUCGUUUCUUUUCGAGUGUUUAGUAUUUGUGGGAAAUUAUAUUAUACACUCCUGACAUGAUGCUUACAUGUUAAUGAUUCAAUAUCAUAACAAGAAUUCGUCUAUAUAAUCAU